UCGGGUGCCCUCAGGUGGGGCUGCGGCUUCCCGCCCUCACCCUCCCCAGGCCUCUCGGGGCGACCGUCCCUGCCUGCCCUCACCUCCCCGGGGCUCCUCAGGGCGCCCUUCCCGCCCGCCCUCACGCUCCUGGGAUUCCAGAGGGCGCCCUUCAAGCCUUCCCUCAGCCGCCCUCGCCUCGGGCUGCCCAUGCGUUAGCCAAAGCACAGCUGUCCCUCUUCCCCGGGGCAUCGCUGUGUGAGGGUCUUGAGCCGUUGGGUGCUCCUUUCUCCUGAGGGUCUCCUGUGCGCUUACCCUGGGGAGCUUUUCCCCUGCCCUGUUCCCAGUCAGGAGCUGCAGAGAAGGAGGGCAUGAGGAGGGCCCUGGUUCAUCAUCAGAAUGAACUGUUCCCAAACAUGGAGCACACCCCGAGGAUCUGAGAGUGCUCUGGGAAAUGAGAAACAAAUGGAGAAGGAAGAAGCUGGUUUGGUGUGUUAUUGCAAGUUAUUUCAAACACCAGGUGAGCCUGAACGUCUGUGUAGUAGUGUGUAAUUCUGUGAUCACAAGGAAGAAGCGCAUCCUGCUCGCUUGGUGUGCAGAGCCACCCUGCCUGUCCCUCUGCCCCUGGGCUAAGAUCCUUUCAACAAGCGUGAAGUUGGACCUCGAAUGUGGGAGUUGCAUGCUGUGAUUUACUGCUAUUGCCUGAAGCCUAAAGCUCUGAUUGAAAUUUUCCCCUUGCAUUCACCUGAAGAAAGAGCAAAAUCCCCUUGCAUGAUGUUCAUGUGGCACAGCACAGAGGGCAAACACUGCAAUGAAGGCGCUGUCAUUGCUCUGCAGUUUCAAGUCACUCUCUGGAAAGUGCACAGACGCCUUACUGGCAGACCUGGAAUCAACCACCUCACAUAUCUCCAAACGACCAGUAUUUCUCACGGAGGAAACUCCUUACUCCUACCCAACUGGAAACCACACGUACCAGGAGAUUUCUGUGCCACCCCCGGUGCCCCCGCCACCUUCCAACGACGCCCUGAAUGGCACCGUGAUCGACCCCUUAGACCAGUGGCAACCCAACACACCCAGAUACGGCCACCAGCAGCCUCAGUCCCAGUCUCCUAUAUACAGCUCUAGUGCCAAAAGCUCCAGUGCCUCCGUUCCUAGAGACGGGCUCAACUCUCCUACUCCCCGUGCCAGUGAAGAGGAACACGUCUACAGUUUUCCAAACAAGCAGAAGUCUGCGGAACCAUCUCCCACAAUGACCAGCUCCUCUCUGGGCAGCAACCUCUCAGAAUUGGACAGACUCCUUCUGGAACUGAAUGCUGUUCAACAUACUCCUGCCAGUGGCUUCACAGCAGAUGAGGCUGGCAGAAGCCCGUCACUGCCCAAUGUGGCUGGCCCUCACUAUGUUGUCCCAGAGAACAGCAGCUCAGGGGGAGGGAAGGCUGCACCCCCAACAAAAGAAAAGCCAAAGCGAAAUGGUGCACGUGGGAUUGAAGAUGUGCGUCCCAGUGUGGAGAGCCUGCUGGAUGAGCUGGAGAGCUCCGUGCCAAGUCCAGUGCCUGCAAUCACUGUGAGCCAGGGUGAGGUGAGCAGCCCCCAGCGUGUCACUGCCAGUCAGCAGCAGACCCGAAUUUCUGCUUCUUCAGCUACACGAGAACUGGAUGAGCUGAUGGCAUCUCUCUCUGACUUCAAGUUCAUGGCGCAGGGAAAAGCUGGAAGCAGCUCCCCUCCAUCCACAGCCUCCAAGCCUGGCAGUCAGCUGGAUACCAUGCUGGGAAGUCUUCAGUCUGAUCUGAAUAAACUGGGUGUAGCUACAGUUGCCAAAGGUGUCUGUGGAGCCUGCAAGAAGCCUAUUGCUGGGCAGGUAGUUACAGCCAUGGGGAAGACCUGGCACCCUGAGCACUUCGUCUGCACCCACUGCCAGGAGGAGAUCGGGUCUCGGAACUUCUUUGAACGGGAUGGGCAGCCCUACUGCGAGAAGGACUAUCACAACCUCUUCUCUCCUCGCUGCUACUACUGCAACGGGCCCAUCCUUGAUAAAGUGGUGACGGCUUUGGACAGGACAUGGCACCCUGAACACUUUUUCUGUGCUCAGUGUGGAGCUUUCUUUGGACCUGAAGGAUUUCACGAGAAGGAUGGCAAAGCCUAUUGCCGCAAGGACUACUUUGAUAUGUUUGCUCCCAAGUGUGGAGGCUGUGCCCGGGCUAUCCUGGAGAACUACAUCUCUGCCUUGAACACCCUGUGGCACCCCGAGUGCUUUGUCUGUCGGGAAUGUUUCACCCCGUUUGUCAACGGCAGCUUCUUCGAGCAUGACGGGCAGCCCUACUGCGAGGUGCAUUAUCACGAGCGCCGCGGCUCGCUCUGCUCCGGCUGCCAGAAGCCCAUCACAGGACGCUGCAUCACUGCUAUGGGCAAGAAAUUCCACCCAGAACACUUUGUCUGUGCCUUCUGCCUCAAGCAACUCAACAAAGGAACCUUCAAAGAGCAAAACGACAAGCCCUACUGCCAGAACUGCUUCAUCAAGCUCUUCUGUUAGAGGCACUAUAGAUGGGCGUUCAAGCAUCUUUCUGCCACCCCCUUGGCAGUUCUGUCUCUCUGAACAUUACUGUGAUUUAGGAACCUUACCAGGCAGGGGAGGAGGGGGGUGGGGGGUGGGAAGUGCUGCUAUGGAGAGGCAGUAGAUCCAGAGAUGAGAUGGACCAUUAAACUGGAAACGCCCUUGCUGUGUCUCAGAAGAGAGAGGCUGACAUCCCUCAUUACGGUGUGUGUGUCUGUGUGUGUGACUGACAGCUGAGCUUAGCUCGAGGGCUCUAACAGGGAGAUUUUCCCAGCCCCCUCCUGGCAGCAGAAGGCUUUGCCAGUACAUUUCAGCCUGUGUCAGCUCUCUGAGCAAACGGUGACACUUGCAGACAACACGACCCUCUGCUUUGACACCUCAUUCUCUGGCUUUUGCCUGCACAGCGAGGCCACCCUGUGACUUUAGUGCCACCCUGGCUCUCCUCACAGAGUUCCAUGGUGUGUGUGACUUGCUGAGACUAGAGCAUCAGCACAGGCAGCCAAGACCUUGCAAGGGUCUCUCCAGUUCCAUUACACUGUAAGGAGAUAAUACCACUUACUCUUUUUUUAAUUAAGAGGAAUCAAGAUAUUACUGUGUGGGGUGUUUUUCUUUUUUUCCCUAGUUUGUUACUCCCUUUCUCAAUGCCUUUUCUCAGCAUACUGGAGCAGGAGGUGGGGUAAGCCCCAACCAUCCCUCAGCACUGUUGUGCUCUCCUGUGGGGACAUGCCGUGCCAGGCAGCUCCAUAGGCACCCAGGCCAGCUCAGGGAAUCUGCUCCCCUCACCUUCUGCUCCUGGGAGAGGAAGAGGCAUCACCCCUUCUUUAAACACAGGUGCAGAGAGGUUAGAGCAGCCUUUUUCAUCCAGCCCUGUCAUGAGUGUGUGAUGUGUGUGUGUUUAUCUGGCCUGGAACUCUCCCAUCUAUCAGGGCCUGAAUCUAUCACAAGAGUGAAUAGAAGGAAGGGUUUAAGAAGCCAGGAAAAAAAAAAAACUAAAUUUAUAUCCUUUCUUUUUCCAGUUUGCUAAUGAGACCUAUCAGCCCCUUGGUGUUUCCUUUUUCUGUGCUCUUGUUAAACAUGUUCUACUGAGAGAUGCUACAGCAAUAACCUUUUAUAUUGACUGUUACUGGUAUAACGAGUCCUGGGGGUCAGGUGUGCAUGACACACUUGGAGUUUUACUAUCAAAGUGAAUACUGUAUCGUGUCUUUGAUAAGAACUGUAGAUUUCUACACUGAUUUUGAAUUCAUAUCUAAUUUACUUUUAAUCCUCUUAUACAGAAAUUGGUUUUGAAGUGAUUUUAAGAAAGCAACUUUUAUAUCAAGCUGUGCUGUACUAGGCAGUGUGCCAGUUGUGCUGGUUUACUGCAUCUGUAAUCUCAAUGCUUUAUUAAGCCUAACUAACAUUCAAUAUUUCCUUUUUGUUGCGGGUUGGGAGGGGCUGGAAUCUAUGGGCAAGGGAACAUGACUUGUAUUUUUUUUUCCCUAGCACAGGCAGGUGAACUGUGAAUAGAUUUGAGUUUUGGGGUUUUUUUCCCUCCUCUGGGUCACCUAAAGGUAUAAUUUUGGUUUUUAUUGUAACCUGUAAACUGCUGUAUUUGAAUCACCUGCCAUUCUCCCAAAGCCCAGCUUCCAGGAUGUUAAAAGUGAGUCUUAAUAUGAUGCUAGGGGGGAAGGAGUUCAGAUCUUUUACCUUGGUUUCUCUUCUUCAGCUGCCUGAAACCAGAACAGGGUUAACUGGGGAAGAGGCUCGUUUUUUUCUGUGGAAGAAAGGUCUUGUGACUGACAAGAAGAAACUGGGAGACAGAAUCUGUUCCUGACUAGCUGUGCAGCUUUGGGCCAGUCACUAAACCUUACCGUGCCUCAGUUUCCCCAUCUGUAAAAUGGGGUCAGUUUAGGCUGGAUUUGUGAGGUUAUUGUGAGACCUAGUUCAUGUUUGGUAAAGCACUUUUAGGUCUCUGACUGGAGGGUGCUGUGGAGAGGGAAGUACUGCGCUGAAAUUCCCAGUGGCGUUCUGUGGGAGCGGGGUUUGGAAUUACUGCUCCAGGGAGCUGCAGCUCUGUCACCAUUGGCAUCCAGUUGUGUUUGCAGCUUGGCAGGUGCAUUGUAGGGGUCCAGGGGUGGCUGUGUCAGAAACCAGCCCUGAAACCCAUGGCUCACUGUCCCAUGUAACCUCAUCACGGUGCUGCGCUGCCCUGCUCAGGUCACUGAAACUGUCCCACGGAUUUCCCCCAACAAACAAACCUCAGUGCGUGGGUGUGAGGCCAGAGGGAGCUGUGGGAGCGCUGCAGCUGUGUCAGCUGGGCUGAGCACAGCUGUGGGAAAUUCUUGAGGCGAGAGUCCUUGCGCAUUCGCCUUUUCAUCUUUUAAGUCUAUUUGACUUAAAAUGGAUGUUCCUAAGCUGCCUGUGUUUAUCUUGCUGGAAUGGUCAACUUCCUUGGUGCCGCUGAGGGAACAUGCAGCUGUUGUGUGCAGAUGCUGGAGAGGGGUGAGAUGUUUCUGGCACUUCCACUUUGGUGACACCUGCAAACUGUGUAAUCCUGUGCCUCAGUUUCCCUGUCUGGGGAAUCUUUAACCUACCUCACUGCUAGCUGAGGCUUUGUCAGUGACACUUGUGGCACACUGGGGUGCAGGGUGCUGUGUGGGGUGAGUGGUGCUGAGAGGAGGCUCCUCUGGCCUUAGUGCUUAACCGAGAUGAUGCCACACUCACCUUCUGCCUUCAUCUGGUGUCUGAUAUGCUGGGAUGCCAAAUAAUGAGCAUCUGAUGCUCAUGGUCAGGCUAUUCUGAUGCUACUCUGCCAAAUAAUGCCUGGUGGUGGCUGCGGCCACUGUGGGUGUCCAAAAUUCAUUCAGUGCAGAUGCGAUUUUGGGGUAACACAGCCGCUGUUGGGGUGUGUGUGUGCGCCCCCGGGCCAGGCGCUACCCCUGGGGACGGCCUUUCACAGCAUGUCCGGGCUGGGCUGGGGGAAACUCCGCUGGGUCGACAGUUAUUUGAUUCUUUCCUGCCUUGUAAACUUCUAACCGCUUUUUUUUUUUUUUUCUCAAUUUAAAAUUCUUGCAGUUACGCCAAUAAAAUUUUUACCAUUAUAGUCA